AUGGCUUACAUUGCUCUAAUCCCAAAGACCUCCAAUCCUACAAGCUUCAAAGACUAUCGCCCGAUUAGCAUGGUUGGGUGCAUUUACAAAAUUGUGGCAAAGUUGAUGGCAAAAAGGCUCCAAAGUGUGAUAAGCAACUUAAUUAGUCCGCUUCAAUCCUCUUAUGUUCAAGGCCGACAAAUUCUUGAUGGAGCAUUGGUGGCUAGUGAAGUCAUAGAAUCAUGCAAAAAAAGAGGCACGAAGACUUCCCUUCUCAAGUUAGAUUUUCAUAAAGCCUAUGACAGUGUAUCGUGGAACUUCCUCAAAUGGGUUCUUGAAGAAAUGAAGUUUCCCCCUUUUUGGAUUGAGCGCGUAAUGUCGUGUGUGACUAAUGCAUCAGCUUCUAUUCUUGUUAAUCGAUCUCCCACCGUGCCUUUCAAGCUACAAAGGGGACUCCGACAAGGUGACCCACUCUCACCGUUCUUAUUUGUGCUCAUUGCCGAAACUUGA